AUGUCGAAGUCCGCAGUGACAUUUAUGCAGUCUCAAUUACAGACAGAGGUCUCAGUCGAAAUAAUCCAAUACACCACAACUUCCAAUUUUCCCAGCGAAUAUAGAGAAGAAUCUCAAAAUAUUACAAACAUGCCCCUGAUGCCUUCUAAACAGCUAAGGAGAUUUGUUUACCAGCCAACAGCAAAAAUCUACAGUCUCUGCUUCACGCGUCUGCCAUUUGCAUCACCUCCAUCCAUUACUCCUUCAAUUCCUUGCUUGCCGACAAUCGAGUGCUCGUUGAUCCUAGCAACGUACUCUAAUAACUCGGUCAGCACAUGCGGGCAGCUUUCUUUCAGGUACUCGAAACCAUCCGUUUGCAUAACAGCUGUCCAAAAUUCAUUUCAUAGGCUCGGUAAAAAAUAA